AUGCAGCAUGGUAACAUCAGGGAAUACAAGGUUGUUCUACAUCAAAAUCAGCAACGGACGAUCAUUGACUUCGACCGCUCGGAGAGGCACGAGUGUCUCUACCCGCGACUGAUCCUGUUCGAUGUGGCAGAACCCUCUCGGAAUAAGUUUGGAUGUAUUGAAUUCUAUCAAAUAUGCCUUGACUGCGACGUUUGGACCCCAAACAUGGUGCGAUACUUCAGCGGAUAUGUGCAUGUACGGUACUCGGAGAGCCCUGCAUUACUUGCCUCUGUGACACCUGUGGAUGUACCCAACAAGGAGGCACUCAAGCAUGCACAUAUGGUGGUUGAACAGUACAAGCGCAUAUAUGGGAAAUGGGCGGAUCGUAAUCCUAUCCCGUGGUACGUUGAUGAGGAGGAUCCAUUACAUAGUUCAAGAGCUUGUCACAAAAAUGGUACAUAA